GUGUUAAUUUGAUUUAAAUAUUGUGUAUAAAUAUAAGGAUAAAUGUUUCCGUUAUUAUAAUUAAGGAUAACUAUAAAUCAACAAAAUGAAGUUGAGCGUGGAAGGCCUAAUCGUAUACUUUCCAUACGAUUACAUUUAUCCUGAACAGUAUGCUUAUAUGUUGGAACUUAAAAGAGGCCUGGAUGCCAAGGGUCAUUGUCUAUUAGAAAUGCCUUCAGGAACAGGCAAAACAACAACUCUGCUAUCUUUAAUCGUGGCUUAUAUGAUUGAAAACCCACAUUCUGUAAGAAAAUUAAUAUAUUGUUCUCGAACUGUUCCUGAAAUUGAAAAGGUUGUACAAGAAUUGAAGAAUCUUUUUGAGUAUUAUGAAAGUUGUACCAAAGAAACUUUGAAUUUUACUGGAUUGGUUUUGAGCUCUAGGAAGAAUUUGUGUAUACAUCCUGAGGUUAGUAAAGAACGUGAAGGUAAAAUUGUCGAUGGAAGAUGUCAUUCUUUAACAGCUAGUUAUGUUCGUGAUAGACAUAAUGUUGAUGAAAAUACACCUAUAUGUGAUUACUAUGAAGGUUUCAGUCUUGAAGGAAAAGAGUCUCAAUUGCCGAAUGGAGUUUAUAGUUUAGAUGAUCUCAAACAAUAUGGACAGAAUAAGAGCUGGUGUCCAUAUUUUUUAGCUAGAUUUGCGAUAUUGCAUGCUCAAAUAGUCGUAUACAGUUACCAUUAUCUGCUAGAUCCAAAAAUUGCUGAUGUCGUCUCGAAAGAACUUGCUAAAGAAUCUGUUGUAGUUUUUGAUGAAGCUCAUAACAUAGAUAAUGUUUGUAUCGAUUCUAUGAGUGUUAGAAUAAAUCGAAGAACUAUUGAAAGGAGUACGGCCAGUUUGCAAAUUUUGGAGAAGACAAUUGCAGAAAUGCGUGAAGAUGAUGCAAAAAGACUGACCGAUGAAUAUCAGAGAUUAGUGCAGGGUUUAAAAGAUGCAAGUGUUGCUCGAGAGACUGAUUUGGUUUUAAGUAAUCCUGUACUGCCGGACGAAAUUCUCAAAGAAGUCGUUCCUGGUAAUAUAAGAAACGCAGAACACUUUGUAGGAUUGAAAAGAUUUGUCGAAUACAUCAAAACCAGGCUUCGGGUGCAGCAUGUCGUGCAGGAAUCACCAGCAGGUUUUCUCAAAGACAUCCAGUCAAAAGUAUGCAUCGAAAGAAAGCCUCUGAGAUUUUGUGCAGAAAGACUCGCUUCUCUGCUUCGGACUCUGGAAGUGACGGAUAUGACUGAUUUUGGAGCCCUGGUUUUGAUCACACAUUUAGCUACAUUGGUUUCCACGUAUACACAUGGAUUUACUAUUAUUGUUGAACCAUUCGAUGAUAAGACUCCGAAUGUUUCGAACCCGAUUUUGUAUUUCAGUUGUUUAGAUUCAUCAUUAGCCAUGAGGCCAGUUUUCUCAAGAUUUCAAUCAGUUGUCAUCACAUCAGGAACUUUGUCACCUUUGGAUAUGUAUCCAAAGAUUUUGGAUUUUCAACCUGUGAUAAUGUCAUCGUUUACGAUGACUUUGGCAAGGCCUUGCCUAUUACCAAUGAUAGUUUCAAAAGGCAAUGACCAAGUUGCUAUAUCGAGUCGGUAUGAGACACGUGAAGAUGCAGCUGUUAUUAGGAAUUAUGGACAAUUAUUAGUCGAGGUUGCCAAAAAUGUACCCGAUGGUGUUGUGUGUUUCUUUCCAUCGUAUUUAUAUCUGGAAUCAGUCGUGGCUUCUUGGUACGAUCAAGGAAUUAUCGAUACUUUGUAUAGAUACAAAUUAUUGUUUAUAGAAACACAAGACAGUGCUGAAACUAGUUAUGCUCUCAUGUAUUAUGUCAAGGCUUGUGAUAGUGGCCGAGGUGCUGUAUUAUUAGCAGUAGCCCGUGGAAAAGUUUCCGAAGGAGUCGAUUUUGACCAUCAUUACGGAAGGGCUGUGCUCAUGUUUGGCAUUCCUUAUGUUUAUACUCAAUCUAGGAUAUUGAAGGCACGUUUGGAGUAUUUGAGGGAUCAGUUUCAGAUACGAGAAAAUGAUUUUCUAACAUUCGAUGCAAUGAGGCAUGCUGCACAAUGCGUGGGGAGAGCUAUACGUGGUAAAACCGACUAUGGUAUUAUGAUAUUUGCUGAUAAAAGAUUUUCAAGAUCUGAUAAACGAACAAAGUUACCUAAAUGGAUUCAAGAACAUUUGACUGAUAAUUAUUGUAAUUUGAGUACGGAAGAAUGUAUUCAGUUGGCAAGACGAUGGCUAAGACAAAUGGCCCAACCGUUUCCCAAAGGUGAUCAAUUAGGAGUAUCAUUGCUAACAUUGGAACAACUACAAAAUAUGGAACGAGAAAAGUUAGAAAAGAGAGUACUACGUGAUGCUAUUUAA